GUACAAACACACCUUGUUUAGGAGACUUUUGACAUCAAGGAAUUGGUGUGUACAUUCAAUAUGUGAUAGAUAACACAGCGGGCGAUCGAUGACUAAAUAUGACACCCUUGUCGACUCGCCUGAUCCACCUACGGAAGUAGGUGAACUACUCGUCGGGUCGUACCACCAUUCAGAUCUGACCCCGCACUAAUAAGGGAUGGAUAUAUUUACGAUUUACUAAGGCAGCUUUGUUCGAGUGAUGUAAGACCCCACUAAACACGGGUCAAACGCCGACAGAGGGCGGCUUUCAAAUACCACUUCUUUCUUUCACUUUCUUAGGCCAUUGCACCUCCUCCAUCAUCUGUAUCGCAGAACUUAUACCUCAAAAACCACAAUGUCUAGUCCCCCUCAAACAAUUCGAUGGGGAAUCCUCGCUACGGGUGGAAUCGCUCAGACCUUCACCCGCGAUCUCCUUGUUGAUCCUAGCACCCGUGGUGUACACAAUAUCAAGCAUACAGUCGUAGCGGCAUCGUCCUCCUCCUCCACUUCUCGUGCCCAGGACUUUCUGGAAGAGGUUGGUGCGCCAUCUGAUGCGAAAGCCUAUGGUUCCUAUGAAGAAUUUGUCAAAGACCCCAAUAUCGACAUUGUCUACGUAGCAACACCGCACAGCCACCAUUAUCAAAACGCCCGAUUGUGUCUAGAAGCGGGCAAGAAUGUUCUUUGUGAGAAGGCAUUCACCGUGAAUGCUGCACAGGCGAGGAAACUUGUUGAUAUAGCUAAGACCAAAAACCUCUUUCUCAUGGAAGCAGUCUGGACACGCUAUUUUCCCCUAAGUAUCUGGGUUCGCGAGACGAUCACAUCCGGAAAACUCGGUCCUAUUGCACGUGUGACAGCAGAUAAUAGCAUGGCACUUAACCCUGAACAGAAUUUUCCGGACGGUAAACACAGGAUGGUCAAUCCCGACCUAGCUGGUGGAGCUCUACUCGAUCUUGGCAUAUAUUCACUCACUUGGCUCUUCCAAUCUCUAUAUACUACACAGGAUCCAAAAGAAAGACAGAAACCGGUGGUGCAGGCGAUACAGAAGAUAUACACAGGCCCGAACGUUGACGGUAGAAGUUCCGACGAACACUCUUCCAUUGUCAUCAGCUUCCCAAGAAGCAAAGAUGCUGGUGGCGAUGCCCAUGGGAUCGCUACAACCAGCUUGGUCGUUGCAACUGAUCCUGUCCCUGGGGAGCAUAGCAUACCGUCGAUCCGAAUCCAAGGACCAAGAGGGGAGAUACAAGUCUUUCCACCAGCGUUUCGGCCUACGAGGGCGAAGCUGAUUAUAUCAAAUGGCCCUGAUGGGAAGCCGGUGGUAGAAGACAAAACUUUUCCCCAGCCUGGUCCAGGUUCUGGCAGUGGUUGGACCAAUGGCUUCGGUUCGGACCGUAAUGCAGAGGGUGAGGGUCAUGGUAUGUUCUGGGAAGCAGACGAAGCAGCCAGGUGUAUUCUUUCUGGACAACAAGAAAGUGCAACGCUCAGCUGGGACGAGUCUAUCAUUAUCAUGGAAACCAUGGACAAGGUUCGUGAGUAUGGGGGGAGUAGAUUUCCAGAGAAAAUCGAGACACUGGAUUUUCCAGUCGCACUUUAGGAGUCACGAAUCUCCUGAAGGUCCUAUGAAUUCUCAUAGGUUGUUUUCUCUUGCAUAUAAGGCACACUAUCGUAGUGCAUAGUGCAUAUAUAUCCGAAUCAUGUUUAGUUCUCAAUCUAACUUGACCUCUGGGUUUGGUCCCUGUCUACCUAGGUAGCCUAGGUUAUAGGUCAGAAGCAGGGCUUGAA